ACCUAUCUACACCCAAGGCGAUGGAACCAUGUACAUAUAUGACAUAAAACAAUCUGCCUGGACUUCAAAACCCACUCCUAACCAACCUACUUUCGGUCGUCAGCUUCAUACAGCAACUUUAUUGCCUGAUGGAUGGAUAAUUAUGAUCGAUGGAUUCUUUAGUUCAGAUAUAGAGCAGCUUAAUGUAUAUGAUACGAAAACUAAUCAAUGGACAAAUAUUGUAUGGGUGGCAACAAAAAAUGGAGUUAUUUCCCCCAUUAGUUUUCACUCAGCUACUCUAUUACCCAACAAUCAAAGUAUACUUAUAUAUGGAGGUGUCAAUCAAACAGGAUAUCAAUAUUCUGGUCUAGCA